AUGAGAACAACCAAGUUAAGUUAUCAUACCUUGGUCAUCUUACUUUCAUCCCUGAUCUUAUUUAGGCUUCCACCUUCCUGUUCAUUGUCCACAGGAGAAAAUCGAACCAUUUCAGCCAACGAUACGAUCGUGUCUCCUGGAAAUGUUUUUGAGCUAGGGCUUUUUCGCUCUGCCUCUGAGCAUACUCCGCAUUGGUAUUUGGGUAUAUGGUACAAGAACGAUCCUAAGAAAACACGUAUAUGGGUCGCCAACAGAUAUAACCCUUUCUACUUAUCAGUAGGAACACUCCAUUUCUCCGACGAUGAUCUCGUUCUUUCAGAUGAGAAUAAUUCUCAUGUCUGGUCGAUCACUAUUAACAGAGGAGGCGUGAGAUCUCCAAUGGUGGCACAGCUUCUUGAUAACGGAAACUUCGUGGUGAAAGACUCCAAUAAUGACGACCCGGAUGGGUUUUUGUGGCAGAGCUUCGAUUUUCCCACGGAUACAUUAGUACCGGGGAUGAAAUUGGGAAUGGAUCUAAAAACUGGAACCAAGGAAGCCCUUACAUCCUGGGAUCCUGAUAAUCCGUCAAACACUGGUUAUUCCUUCCAACUUGAAAACCAAGCAGGGCUCUAUGAGCUUUUUCUAGUGGUGCAAGAAACUUCGAAGCAUAUUUACCGGAGCGAUCUGUGGGAUGGAAUACGCUUUGGUGACAUACCGCUUGAGUUUUCACCUACCUACGUAACCUCAGUUUGGGGGGACGUCUCCUACGUCGGUUUCGUAAUGACAGGCAAAAACAACAACUCAAGAUUGACAUUGGCAGGAGAUUCACUUGAGCUAUUCACGUGGAUACCUGAAACAAUGCAAUGGAUCUCGUCUUGGUAUCAUAGUUAUGGAAUUUUCUAUCAUACAUGUGGGGCUAAUAGUUACUCUUCGAAAAAUACGACGUCGGGCCUGCAGUGUAAUUGUAUAAAAGGGUUCGAUCCAGCUUUCCGUGAGAACUGGGCGUUAAAGGAUUUGCAAGGUGGGUGUCAAAGGAAGACGCGACUGAACUGCACCGGAGAUCAGUUUUUACAGCUAAAGAAUAUGAAGUUGCCGGAUACUGGAGGUGCUUAUGUCGGUAUAGGAAAAGGCCAGGUCGGUUGUGUCAUGUGGACCGGAACACUCAACGACUUCCAAAACUACGGUGUCGGUGGUCGAGACCUGUAUGUGAAAGUGGCUGCUAUAGAUCACGGAUCAAGAUCAACUAAUAAUGCAACAGUAAUGAACGAGGUAGCAGGAGGUCAAACCAAAUUUGACUUAAUGAGUUUUACUGAUGUUGCUGAAGCAACCAAUCAUUUCUCCGAAGCUAAUAAGCUUGGAGAAGGUGGUUUCGGUGUAGUUUACAAGGGUACAUUGCCUAACAAGACUACUGUGGCGGUGAAAAGAUUAGCUAUUACAUCGUCACAAGGAAUCAACGAAUUCAAAACCGAAGUCGGUUAUAUGUCCGAAGAGUACGCGUUACAUGGAAAAAUGUCGGAGAGAUCAGAUAUAUUUAGCUUUGGGGUCAACCUUCUUGAAAUCGUAACUGGGAAGCGGAACAUCGAGUUUUGCAACUAUUACCAUGGUGAUAGUAUGCUUGACUACGUAUGGAGGCACUUUGAUGAGGGGAACAGUUUACAGGUUGUUGAUCCGAACUUUGUAGAUUCUUCACUGGUUGAAGAGGAGGUCGUGAGAUGUAUACAAGUUGCUCUACUCUGUGUUCAACAAGAUGUAGACGACAGACCAAGCACAGAAUCCGUCGCUUUAAUGCUCGCAACCACGAUGAUGGAAAUUCCUGUACCAAAGAAGCCAAACUAUUUUUAUGCUAGAUUUCUCAGCGACAUGGCUUCCUCGUCGACGGUCAAGGAGUCUACAUCCAUAAAUCAAGUUACCUUAUCGUCCAUUGUAAACCGGUGA